AUGAAGCUGUCAGGACUACUGGCGGUGUUUUUACUUUUUUGUAUAAGCCGGAGAAGUUAUGGAUCUCAUCCCAAACCGUCCUGUCAUUAUCCUCCAUCACAGUGGUGUCGCACCCUGGAAAUAGCAAUUGAGUGCAAGGUGCAGAAGCAGUGUAUGGAGUUAAAUGCCAUAAAGCCAAACCAGACUGUCCCUCCAGUAUCUGUCACUCUGUACUAUGAGAGUCUGUGUCCAGCCUGCAGAGUCUUCAUCACUCAGCAGCUUUUCCCCACCUGGACGAUGCUGCGUGACAUCAUGACAGUCACACUUGUCCCUUACGGGAACGCAAAGGAACUUCCAUCAGCAAAUUCUCCGUUCACCUGUCAGCACGGAGAGCCUGAAUGCGAAGGAAACAUGAUUGAGGCCUGUAUCAUCCAUAUGACGGGUCACUCAGCAUUUCAGAUUAUCAACUGCAUGGAAUCAGCUGCAAACGUCCUCGAUGCUGCCCAGCCUUGUCUGCAACUCUACGCCCCCUCCGUCUCCUGGGCCAGAGUCGACUCCUGUGUGAAGGGUGGUCUGGGCUACCAGCUGAUGCACGCUAACGCUGUCAUGACCAGAGCUCUGAAUCCUGCCCACACACAUGUCCCCUGGGUCACCUUCAAUGGGGAAUACACAGAAGAGAUGGAGGACAAAGCCAUGUCAUCUCUUUUCCAUUUAGUUUGCCAACUUUACAAGGGGGUGAGACCUCCAGCCUGCACUGGAGCCCCGGUCAGAAUGGACAGAAGCUUCUGUUGAACAAAACAAAAUCGGCUCUGCAAAGUCUGUUGGCUCCUGCAGACUGAAAUGAUAUAUAAUGCUCCAAAUAACGUAAUUAAAUUCAUACUAAACACAU